AUGACCAAGAAGAGGAAAUACCGGCACAUAAACUCUCGCCUUAGUCAACUAAAGGACCCAUACAAAAAUGGACAUAUUGAUGUGCUCGGUUAUGCUGAUGCUAGCUAUGAGGAAAACAAAGGAAAUGACAGAAAACUACUCUGGGUUAGAUCACCAUCAGAGGAACUUAAUGAACUUAAGUGGGACUGGUUUCAACGGAUACGUGCACAGCACAUUCCUGUCUCUGGACCCAUAUUGCAGGAGAGAGCUCUUAUCUACACACAGGAACAGGGAAUCACAGAAACUGACUUUAAGGCAUCUGAUGGAUGGUUGCAGAGAUUUCGGAAGAGACUUAACAUUUCAUUUGCUAACAUCUGUGAUGAAAGUGCUAGUGUUUCUCAGGAUGUGGUGUCAGAAUGGAAAGACAAGCUGUUAAAUAUUAUCUGUGGAUAUGAUGCUCGUGACAUUUACAGUAUGGACGAAACUGGCCUUUUCUUCCGGUCCUUACCUGACAAGACACUAUGUAUUCGAGGAGAGGAAUACAAGUGA